UGGAGCGACAAACUGGCCAGCUACGCAGCUGCAUGGGCCAAGAAAUGCACAUCCCAACACGGUCAACCAGAAGAAGCAAAAAAUGAUGGGUUCAUCGGACAAAAUAUUUAUUUAUCAACGGCCGGCACUCCCAAUUACAAGAAUGCAACCCAAAGCUGGUACGAAGAAAAAGCUGACUACAACUACAACAGUAACUCUUGCGAGCCAGACAGAAAGUGCGGACACUACACACAGGUAGUUUGGGCGAGGACAACAGAUGUAGGCUGUGCGGCCGAGGUCUGCAGCGGUGGGAUACAGGGUGGCACGUUUACAAGUGGAUACAUCAUCGUUUGCAACUAUUUGCCGCCAGGAAACUGGAUCGGUGAAAAACCUUACUAG